UCCGCUGGGUGCCGCUGCCGCCCUCCUGCCGAUGGCAGCGGUGUCAGUUCGCCGCGCCACCCGCUCCGCCCGCCAUUGGUGCCGCGGUCCCGGCAGCAAGGCCCCGGCGAUGGGCACGGCGGGCAGCGGCACCGUCGGCCCGCAGAGCCUGCGCUUCGACAACCUGGCGCUGCGCUCGCUGCCCGUCGACUCCAGCGGCGAGCCCGGCAGUCGCCUGGUGCCCGGCGCCUGCUUCUCGCUGGUGCGGCCGGCGCCGGUGGAGGCGCCCCGGCUGGUGGCCCACUCGGCCUCUGCCCUCCGCCUCCUCGGGCUGCGGGAGCUGCCGGAGCGGGAGCUGGCCGAGUGCUUCAGCGGGAACCGGGUGCCGGGCGGCGCCCAGCCCGCCGCCCACUGCUACUGCGGCCACCAGUUCGGCUCGUUCGCCGGGCAGCUGGGCGACGGCGCCGCCAUCUACCUGGGCGAGGUGCUGGGCGCCGAGGGCCGGCGGUGGGAGCUGCAGAUCAAGGGCGCCGGACCCACCCCUUACUCCAGGCAAUCAGAUGGUCGAAAAGUGCUUCGCUCCAGUAUAAGAGAAUUUCUCUGUAGUGAGGCCAUGCACCAUCUUGGAAUACCAACAACACGAGGGGGAACUUGUGUAACAUCUGAUUCAAAAGUCAUCAGGGACAUUUUCUAUGACGGACAUCCAAAAUAUGAAAGAUGCACUAUUGUCCUCCGUAUUGCUCCUACAUUUCUACGGUUUGGAUCUUUUGAGAUCUUUAAACCUGUGGAUGAGCACACAGGUCGAAAGGGACCUAGUUCUGGUAGAAAUGAUAUUAGAAUUCAAAUGCUUGACUACGUCAUUGGGACGUUCUAUCCAGAAAUUCAACAUGCGCACUCUCAGGACAAGGCAGAGCGGAAUGCUGCUUUCUUUAGAGAGGUAACCAAGCGGACAGCCAGACUGGUUGCUGAAUGGCAGUGUGUUGGUUUUUGUCAUGGUGUACUAAAUACAGACAACAUGAGCAUUAUAGGACUUACCAUCGACUAUGGACCUUUUGGCUUUAUGGACAGGUUUGAUCCGGAUUAUAUAUGUAAUGCUUCUGAUAACAGAGGCCGCUAUGCUUAUAACCGACAACCUGAAAUCUGUAAGUGGAACCUGGGCAAACUGGCAGAAGUCUUGGUUCCUGAGCUGCCCCUGGAAGUGGGUCAGUCUAUCAUUGAAGAGGAAUUUAAUUCAGAGUUUGAUCAACACCUCCUGCAAAAGAUGAGAAGGAAAUUGGGACUACUUAGAUGUGAGAAGGCAGAGGAUGAAGAGUUAGUUUCUGAUCUGUUGCAUGUUUUCCAUUCAACAGGUGCGGAUUUUACAAAUUGCUUCCGUUUACUUAGUGACUUUCCAAUUCCUGGAUCAUCCACUUCCUUCACAUUGGCAGAAUUUCUUGAAAAACUGAUUGAGCAAUGUGCAUCACUGGAAGAACUGAAAUUAGCUUUCACACCAAGUAUGGAUCCACGGCAGCUGUCCAUGUUGCUGGCCCUAUCUCAAUCCAAUCCACAGCUCUUUGAACUGAUUGGUGAUAAAGGAGGAGUUGCUAAGGAGUUGAAUCGCAUAGAGCGCUUCUCUGAGCUCCAGCAGAUGACAACAGAAGAGCUACAAAGCAAACUCAAGAGAGCAUGGACCGACUGGCUACAAAAGUACAGGUCUCGUUUGGAGAAUGAAGCAGAAGGUGUUGAUGAUGUUGCUGAACUAAACACUAAACGAGUGAAGGUGAUGAAUGCAAACAACCCAAAAUUUAUCCUGCGCAAUUAUAUUGCACAAAAUGCAAUAUCGGCCGCAGAGGAUGGGGACUUCUCAGAGGUUAGACGGGUUCUAAAGCUUCUCGAGCAUCCGUAUAGUGAGGAGCCCUGUGUGGAAGAAGAGCUGGUCCAAGAAGCAACAGUGGAGGCUACAGCUUCGUGUGAUUUAUUAAGAAGCAAAAGAAUACCAUACCACAGCAAGCCACCAGACUGGGCUGGGAAACUUUUAGUUACCUGAUCUUCAUAACAACCUUGUUUUGGCUUAUGGUUAAAUCACAACUGUUAGGGAUGGACUGUUAAACUAAAGUUUCCUUUACACAGGUGGAGAAGCCAAAACAAGGUAAAUAGGGAGUGCCACUUUUUCCUCACAACAGAUGUAAAAUGGAGACUUCACCAUACGAAAAGCAGUACCAGAAGGUUCUGAAGUCUCUUCACCUCAUUGAGAUACAAUUAGAGUAUGAGUUACCUUGACCAUAAUGUGGUCAGCUGAAAUCCUUGGAGAAGAAAAUGUUCAAAUAUCAUUUUAAAAAUAACAUGCCUUUUUGAAAGCUCUAUCCUUAUCACAUACUUAAGACAAGAAUUGUUUUUGAGAUUGUUGGAGUGAAAUGCUGAUUGUAAUACAAGCAGCUAUAGUAAAGAAUCAUUUAUCAUGGAAACAGGCCAUGUAGUCUGAGCCAGCCACCUAGCACCUAUCUACAGUAACCCUAUUUUCCAGCACUUAGCUCAUAGCCUUCUAUGCUAUGGCAUUUCAAGUGCUCAUCUGUACAGUCCUUAAAUAUAGUCAGAGUAUUUGCCUAUACCACCCCUUCAGGAUGCCCCAUUUUCCUUUGCAACUGCAGCAAAGGUUUUGUACAGGUUGACUCAUUAAAAAAAGUCUUUAAAAAAGCUCAAUUCAUGUUUUAAAGAUAAUAGGUGACAUUUUGGAUGAGGAUUAAAUUUUUGUACGGCCAGCAGAAAAUAGACUGCUGAACAUAAGAAGUGGCUGACACUGACAGUGUGAAUGAGUAAGUAAUAGGUGAUGUUCAUAAGAAUACAGAUGGUUAGGGAGUCAGAAGUUUGUAUAAUUGUAAAAUGAACAUUAAUAUCAUUUGGGACAACUGCUUACUGUAAGUUAUGUUGGCUGACUUGUGUGCAAAGAAUGAUUUUACCAUAAAUAAGUUUUGAAGACAAGAAUUUUAUUCAGCUGAAGGCCACUUUAUUUAAUAUUAUUGACAUUGUAUUCAGUUACUUAAGUAAUUCAGUAAUGAAAUUACAUUAUGUCUAAAUGAGGGUGUAGAAGUUUUUAUUGAGACAAAGGUGCUGCUUUAAGUAUGAAAUGGAAGGUCUCCAGAUAAAAUCUGUUAUCAUGAACACAAAAAUAUCAACUCUGAAACACUGGGCUAUUUUUGUAAGAUGUGGAAACUGCUGUACUCUUUUAAAAUUCACAACAUCUUAAGAAAUGUUAAUGCACAAAUAGGCUUUAAUUCCUUGCAUGAUAGUUUGCACUCUGCUUCCUUGAGGAUUAUUUUUAUAUAUAAGCAUAUACUAUUCAAAACAGCAUUUUGGUUGUAAAGGAUUAAACUUGAACUGAUGCUUUUUAAACUUCA